AUGGCUGGCCACCGGCGCAACGACGCUCUGAUGUGUCUCAUAUUCCCAGCAAGCUUGGGAGAGCUGGGUCUGAAGUGGUUUGAAAGGCUCCCGGAGGGGAGUAUAGAGGGGUGGCAACAGCUAGCAGAAGCCUUCGUCACCAGAUUCAAGACCAACACUCGAACGCCGAAGGAGGUCGACCAUCUCCUGGGCGUCAAGAUGGAGUCUGGGUGUUCGUUGAAGGCAUAUAAUGCGAAGUACUGGAAAACUUACAAUGAAAUCCUCGACUGCCCCACCAACCUGGCGAUCACUCAGUACAAACGGGGUCUCCCAGUCGGACAUAGGUUACGAGAUUCGCUCACGAUGCAUCAACCUACAACCAUGGAGUCAUUGAUGCAGCGGAUCAAUGAGCACAUUCGUGUGGAGGAUGAUACCGCCUCCGCGACCGAGAAGGUUAAUCCUGUUGCGGCGGACAGGAGGGUCGUGGGGAAAGUUCACUCGGUUGGGCAGGAGGAUAGCUGCCCAAACAACUGGUCGAAAGACCAGUGCCAUGCUCCAAACCGUGAUGACAGAAACAAGGGGCGCCGAAACGACUAG